ACGUCCUUUGCGCUCUCUUGGCGCGGGAGUUGAAACUACUCAAAACAGACUAACUCUUUACCAUUUUUCCAUAUCCUUUGUCAUAUAAAGAUGCAAUUUACUCCGAAAUGAUUAUUUAUGCUACCCAAAGUACCACUAGUUCACCUGACGGGAUCGUAAAAGGAACUGUUUGUCAUCAUGGCGAAUGAGAGAUCCCAAUUUCCAUUUCCUUACCAGCCUUACACCAUCCAAGAGGAGUUCAUGCGCUGCUUGUAUAGUGCACUGGACCAGGGCAAAGUUGGCAUCUUUGAAAGCCCCACAGGGACGGGCAAAUCUCUCAGUCUGAUAUGCGGAGCGCUGAGCUGGCUUACAGACUUUGAAACCAAAAGAAAGCAAGAAGCGGCCGCCCUGCUGGAGAAGGGCCAGACGUCACUUUCUCCAUCCGACCCAGAGGCCUCCGCCCAAAGUUUGUCCACAGAGCCAGAUUGGAUUACUAGUUUUGUACAGAAAAAGGCUGAACGGGAUUUAGUGUCAAAGUUGAAGGAGGAUGAAAUGAAAAGGCAGAAGCGAGAGGAGCGCUUAGAACUGAUUAGAACGAAUGUUCAACUCAAGUAUGCAAUGAAAAGAAAGAGUUGUGAUGAGGAUGAAGCAUUCAAGUUAUUGCAGUGCACUAAAGAGGAUCAAACCGACGUAGCGGCAAAUCAAGAUGACGAGGAUCUUAUUAUCGCAGAGUAUGAAAGUGACGACGAUUCCAAGUCAAAAAGCAGAUUCUGCGUGGGAGAGGAUGAAGAGGUUGACGAGCUAGUCGAGGAGCAUGUCACAAAGAUUUACUACUGCAGUCGCACACACUCACAGCUUGCUCAGUUUGUCCAUGAAGUUCAGAAGAGCCCCUUCAGCAAGGACAUCAGUCUGGUCACGCUGGGCUCCCGGCAGAAUCUUUGCGUCAAUGAGGAGGUGCGACGCCUUGGCAGUCUUCAGCGCAUCAAUGAUCGCUGCAUGGAGAUGCAGAAAAACAAACACAAAAGGCCACAUCACGACGAUGACGCUAAAAGGAAACGAGGCUCGGCGAAGAGUGGUUGUCCGUACAACAAGAUCUCGGCGCUGCAACAGAUGCGGGACGAGCUCCUGGGCAGCGUCCAUGACAUCGAGCAACUUCUGAAGCUGGGCAAGGAAAGCCAUUCGUGUCCCUACUACGCCACACGCCUUGCUGUCCCACCGGCACAGUUGGUGGUGUUGCCUUAUCAGAUGGUGCUGCAUGAAGCCACCAGGCGGGCGGCAGGGAUUCAGCUGAAGGACCAGGUGUUGAUCAUAGACGAAGCUCACAACCUGAGUGACACACUCUCCUGCAUACACAGUGCAGAGCUCAGCGGUGCGCAGCUUUGCCGGGCUCACUCGCAGCUCAGCCAAUAUGCUGAGCGCUUCAGGAGCCGGCUGAAGGCGAAGAAUGUCAUGUACAUCAAACAAGUUCUGUUUGUGAUUGAGGGGUUGGUGCGAGUGCUGGGAGGCAAGGUGGGUCAGAAUCCACAGAGCCAAACCACGGAAGCAGCAACAGAGAUGCUCACCAUCAACAACUUUCUGUUCAGAGCUCAAAUUGACAACAUCAACUUGUUUAAGCUGCACAGAUAUUUUGAGAAGAGCAUGAUCAGCAGAAAACUAGGUGGUUUUGUGGAGAAAUAUGUGGGUUCGGGCGUGACUCCGCACACUCCCAUUGGCUCCAAUAAGGAGAAUCGGCGCACGGAGGGCUUGAACCGCUACCUUCAGUCCCUGCACGGCACCCAGAGCACGGCACCAGCUUCGCCAAAUGACCAACAGGGGUCAUCAGAGGCACUGGCCGCUUCCCCCAUGAUGCAAGUAGAGGGCUUCUUCAUGGCUCUCACCAACAGCAACACUGACGGCCGGGUGGUUAUACACAGACAAGGAAAUCUGUCGGAGAGCAGCGUCAAGUUCCUUCUCUUGAACCCGGCUGUCCACUUUGCCCAGGUGUUGAAGGAGUGCAGGGCCGUCAUCAUCGCGGGAGGAACCAUGCAGCCUGUGUCAGACUUCAAACAAGAGCUGCUGUUUUCCGCCGGAGUGCGAGAAGAGCGCAUCGCCGAGUUUUCCUGUGGCCAUGUCAUUCCACCUGAGAACAUCCUCCCCAUUGUCCUGUGCAGCGGUCCAUCCGGUCAGGAGCUAGAUUUCACAUACCAAAACAGAGACUCUCCUCGCAUGAUGGACGAGACGGGCCGCAUCCUCUCAAACAUCUGCAACGUGGUGCCAGGUGGUGUGGUGUGUUUCUUCCCCUCAUACGAGUACUCGAGGCGCGUUGUGGCCCACUGGGAGUCUGCCGGUGUUCUGACCCGACUUGCCAACAAGAAGAAGAUAUUCCAGGAGCCCAAGAAGGCCAACCAGGUGGAGCAAGUGCUGAGCGAGUUCUCACGUUGUAUCCAGAGAUGCACUCAGCAAGGAGGCGGCAGCCUAACGGGGGCACUGCUGUUCUCCGUGGUGGGCGGAAAGAUGAGCGAGGGCAUCAAUUUCUCUGAUGACCUCGGCAGGUGUGUGGUGAUGGUGGGAAUGCCUUAUCCAAAUAUCAAAUCACCGGAACUGCAUGAAAAGAUGUCGUACCUGGACAAACACCUGACUCACAGCGGGGGGAAGAGCCCGGGCCAAGCACUCAUAGAAAAUCUCUGCAUGAAGGCUGUCAAUCAAUCAAUAGGCAGAGCUAUCCGUCACCGUAGUGACUACUCUUCCAUUGUGCUGUGCGACCGACGCUACUCCCGUCCCGCCACCCUCACAAAACUUCCUGCGUGGAUCCGGAGUCGCACCAGCACGCACCAAAGCUUCGGCCCCGGAUUCGCUGCCUUGCGGAAGUUCUUUGUGGAGAAGAAGCAAAAUGUCGACUAGUUUUAACCCGCACUAGAUUCCGAGGACUGCAAUUCUGGUGUUGCAUGUCCUUCACAGCCACUAUUUGCCAGAAAUUCCCGCUGCCCCUUCAAUGUUGCCGUCGGGUUCCUUGACCAGUGUUCUUCUCGUCUUUGGAUGGUUUUGGUAGGACAUCCAGUUCUUGGUGCCUUAUUUUCUCUACUUAAUGAUGUCUUCUUCUGUCCUAUUCUUAUUUAAAAGAAAUGUACCCUUUUCCUGACUUAAACCUUUGAAAAACAAGAUCCCUAUGAUGCUAUGGAAGCUCUGCACAUCAUAGCUUAUGCUGUAAGAUCUGACAACAAACGUGUCAGGAAAAGCCCACUGCAAUGUUUUUGUGGUUUAUCAGAGGCACUUGAAAUGCUGGCAGGUGUAUGCUGACUCAUGAAUUUGAAUGAAUGUGAAUUGUCUGAACAAAGCCCCUCAGUUAUAAAAGUGUGCACACACUUGUUCAACCACAUUAUCUCAUUUCUUUAUUUUUACUUUGCCACCGUAAAAGCUUCCACAUGUUUUUCAGUUGAGGUGUACAGGUCGCAUGAGUUGUAGGGUAAAAGGUUUUAAAUGAUUUAUCUUGGUCUCAC